GGUGUUACGGUCAGUUGUCCUACAUGUAGCAGUGUGACGCUCACAGAUUGCCGAAAGUAUCAAAUUUAUUAGUUACAAAAUUUUCUGAAAUCUUUGGAUAAAUUGCCCACCAUGAAAAUGCACAGCAGUCAACAGAUUUCGGGUGCCUACCAAAACAAAAUCGUAAAUCCAAACUGCCCAAUAAGCAAUAGCUUCCUCCAACUCUAUUGGACUCUUCCACUUAUCCAGAGACACUUCCAUCCAAAUUCCGCGUUACUUUCUCCUGUUUUGUGUGGCCUCAAAAUCCCAUGCAAACAUUCCUAACCCGAUCCCCACCUCCUCCUCCUGAAUUCUCCCUUUCGAUUCCGAUUUCGACAAAUCGAAAAAUCUUCCCCUGCAACUGUUUCAGUGAAACAUAAAGGUUUCGUAAACAGUUGCCCGCCAAUUUUUUCUCGUUCAAAUUGUCUUCUGGUUGUGAGUUUUGUUUCGAUUAACUGUUAGUUGGGACUUGGUUGGUGAUUGAAAUGCAGCGAUUUUCGCAACGGGAGAGCCUUCUUCUCGGCUACAGUCCUCAGAGAGCGUUCGUCAACUCCGGUUCUUCUUCCCACCCUCCCACCAAAAACUCGGACGUUGAUUUUCAUGACGUUUUUGGUGGCCCGCCGAGGCGGUGGUCUGUUAACGACAUGAGGUACAGCUUCAGCGAAGCUACCGAGAGCAGCGGACUGAAAGGGGAUGCUGAUGACGACGACGACGAUGAUGAUUGGUCCGGUUUGAAUGAGAAGCCGGUGUUCGGGGAAGCGUCCGUGAACAGAAGACGGACCCAGAGCGAUGACUUCUUUGAUGACAUCUUUAAUGGCAAUCACUCUGUCAGUUCUAGUCUAAGGAGGUUUCAGAGGGACCCUUUUGCUUCGGCCCCAGGAUCUCGGGUUCAAAGCCCCGCCCACCCCCUGCUGCACAAAACCGAGCCCUCUGCGGCUUCUUCACUGCCUGCACAAUUCAGCCUCCCCGCCGGAUUUAGCAAAGGGCUGGUGGAGCUGCCUCGUUCGAGUUCUCUUUCUAGAUUUUCGAACCAAGCAAUCCAAAGUCACAAUAAGUCGAGAAAUGAUAUUCGAUCCAGUACUCGCCGGAGCUCCUCAUACCGAGAUUCUUCUCUUGUUGGCGAAGGGUCCUCAAGCUUGGCUACAUCUGAUGAAGCAGACACAGGAGGGAAUUUGGAAAAGGAUUCAAAGAGUUCGGAAAAUGAAACUUCUAGCAGUCCGUUUCAGUUUCAUUUCUCGAUUUACAAGUGGGCAAGCAAAGGAGUGCCAAUGGUGAUGCCUCAUAGGGGGCGGAAUGGUUCAAGAGUGCAGAAAAGAACUAAAAAUGAGGAAGGGUCGAGCACAAAUGAAUGCGUUGCUACUGAGAGUACGGGGAGGCAAUCACCUAAAUCCGCUCCGUCUAAUACUGAUUUUCCCUCCAAUGAGCAUCCACUCGAUGAUGAUAGGUCUCCCACCGCGGAACUAAUCAAACAAGAAAAUGACUUGCUUGUUGGUGAAACCACUCCUGAUAAAGUAGAUCCACGACAAUUUGUUGAGGAAGCGGUUCAUCCCGUAGCUGAAUCAGAAACCUUCAGCAGCCUUCGUGACACUGCUGAAGAUGUUUCCAGUAACACCAUUUCAUCCCAUAAAAGUGAAGAUAUAGAGCCUCAUCCUAUACUUCAAACAGCUUCUUCUGAAGACCGGCAGAAAGAAAUUCCCGUGUUUAUGGAGCAAGUUCACAAGCCAGAUCCAAAUCAUGUUCGUUCUUUCUUUUUUGAUGAAGAUCUUCAACAAGGCAAUGAUGAGGUAACUAAAUCGAGUGGUAAAAAGGAAAGCGUGGUUGGCACCAAAAAAUCAUCUGUAGAUGUUGGCGGUAAUAAGACUGCAAAACAUCAGAACUUAAAAAGAAGUUCCUCGACUAAAGUUGAAGUUAAUAAGGCAAGUUUCCAAGGUUCACCGAAGAACUCAGGAGAUAAUCUCAGGAGAAGCAAAGUUAAGGGUAAGGUGAAGGACAUUGUUAAAAUGUUCAACCAAGAAGUUUUGUGUAAACCCACAUAUGAUGGUAGUGACCUUGGAAGUCGGAGCUAUAGAAUGAACGAGAAGGGUGGUUUCAAAGCAGAGAAUGAAGCGAGUAUUACCGCAACAAAAAUGAACAAGGACUUGCAAAAGUCCGAUGUGAAAGACACAUUUUCUGAUGCUCCCGUCAUGAUGAAGGAAGAUCUCAAACAGUUAGCAAAAGAAAAUAUUGAAGCAAAGACUGCUUCCUAUAUACAUAAUAAUGCUCCCGCGCAGGACACCCCUGCAUCAAGUACUGGACCAGUUCCCAACGGAUCAAAUCAUACCGUUGAAGAUGCAGAUAAGUCCUUCCACGAAAAUUUCCAGAUGAAAGAAAUAACUCAAGAUGAGGAAAAAGAACCGCUACCACAACCCGGCAACAAUCAUGAAGAACUCCAGGCGAUUGAUGCUAAGAUACGACAGUGGUCAAGAGGAAAGGAAGGAAACAUCCGCUCGCUGCUCACUACUAUGCAAAUUGUUCUUUGGCCCGAGAGCGGGUGGAAGACGGUACCUCUUGUAGAUGUAAUCGAAGGAAAUUCCGUGAAAAGAGCGUACCAAAGGGCGCUGCUAUGUUUACACCCGGAUAAGCUGCAGCAGAAAGGUGCUACUUCACAUCACAAAUACCUUGCAGCAAAAGUUUUUGAUGUCUUGCAGGAAGCCUGGGAUCAUUUCAAUUCACUUGGCUCACUAUGACAAAGUUUGUUUUCGAAGCCACGUGUCAGAUUAUGAUUGGUUGAGUCCGUGUUUAUUCAACUGUAUGAGAAAUUUUUUAUUGUGACGGAAACAUGGGUGGUACACCACGUGUUUUUAUGUAAGUGGUGGGAAAUUUUAUUUUUUAAGUUAUAACUUUUUAACACACAUAUCCCACCGUUUGUAUAGUAACACGUAGUGUACCACGUUGUGUGCUGGUCAUAUUAAAAAAUCUCUCCAACUGUACAUAGUUAAAUUGACAUAUGUAUUGUUUUUGAAAUGACUAAAAACAUUUUUGGUAAAAAUGUUU